AUGGCUUCCGAACACAAGGGAGAAGUGGAAGACCCGAUGCAGACCAUUAAGGACCUGACAUCAGGUGCUGUUGGAGGAAUUGCACAAGUUCUUCUCGGACAGCCUUUCGAUAUUGUCAAAGUCCGAUUGCAAACGACGACGCAGUAUUCCAAUGCCUUGGACUGUGCUACAAAGAUAUUUGCGAAGGAGGGCCCACUUGCAUUCUACAAGGGGACCUUGACCCCAUUGAUUGGUAUUGGUGCCUGUGUAAGCGUUCAAUUUGGAGCUUUCCAUGAAGCACGUCGAUAUUUCGAAAGGAUGAAUGCACAGAAGGGAUCAAAGGAUGCCAGCCUAUCUUACUCCCAAUUUUAUAUGUCAGGUGCUUUUGCAGGAAUUGUUAACUCCGUGAUUUCUGGCCCCAUCGAACAUGUCCGUAUCAGGCUGCAAACCCAACCUCAUGGAGAAGGGAGACUUUACAGUGGGCCUUUGGACUGUAUAAAGAAAUUGUCAUCUCAAGGAGGGCUAUUCAAUGGCCUCUAUCGUGGAGAGGCGGUUACAAUCCUUCGUGAAGCCCAGGCUUAUGGAAUGUGGUUCCUUUCCUUCGAGUACAUGAUGAAUUGGGAAGCAAAGCGAACCAACACUCGGCGUGAAGAUAUUCCUGCUUAUAAAAUAGCAGGAUACGGUGGCUUGGCAGGUGAGGUGCUCUGGCUUUCUAGCUAUCCGUUCGACGUGGUCAAGAGUAAAAUGCAAAGUGAUGGCUUCGGGCAGCACCAGAGAUACAAGAGCAUGAGAGACUGUUUUAGACAGACACUCGCUCAAGAGGGGAUGAGAGGUUUUGUUAAAGGCCUUGCUCCAACUCUCCUAAGGGCUGCCCCUGUGUCAGCCGGCACUUUCGCGGCUUUCGAACUCACCAAGAGAGCCUUGGGAUAA